GCUAGUUAAUGAAAGUUCAUUCGGAAACAAAAAAAGUAAAGUCAAAAUCAUUUGGGGUAUUCUCUCAAUUUCAAUAAAAUGCAAUCGGAUGAAGUAUGAGUUGGCGAUCAGAACAUAUAUGGAUAGAACUUAUAACGGGGUCUCGAAAACUAAGUAAUUUUUGCUGGGCCCUUAUCGUUUUUUUAGGUUCAUUAGGAUUCUUAUUGGUUGGAACUUCCAGUUUUUUUGGUAGAAAUUUGAUAUCUUUUGUUCCGUCUCAGCAAAUCCUUUUUUUUCCACAGGGGAUCGUGAUGUCUUUCUACGGGAUUGCGGGUCUCUUUAUUAGUUCCUAUUUGUGGUGCACAAUCUCCUGGAAUGUAGGUAGUGGUUAUGAUCGAUUCGAUAGAAAGGAAGGAAUAGUGUGUAUUUUUCGUUGGGGAUUUCCUGGAAAAAAUCGUCGCAUAUUCCUCCGAUUCCUUAUAAAAGAUAUUCAAUCCGUUCGAAUAGAAGUUAAAGAGGGUAUUUUUGCUCGUCCUGUCCUUUAUAUGGAUAUCAGAGGCCGGGGGGCUGUUCCGUUGACUCGUACUGAUGAGAAUUUGACUCCACGAGAAAUUGAACAAAAAGCCGCGGAAUUGGCCUAUUUCUUGCGCGUACCGAUUGAAGUAUUUUGAGAAAAGGAACUGGGCUGAAGAACGAAUGCUUUCUCAGCAGGAGGGAAAAAACGCAAGAAUCCUGUUUUUUCUAUAACUAAGUGAUACUUUAGGAUAAACAGAUACAGAUAAACCAUAUCUUGUAAAUUUUUUUUCAAUCGAUCUUUUUAUCCUUUCAUUUGGGUUCUUUACUACCCAAUAAUCGGUUUUAAUGAUAACUGGCCUGGUUCUGUCUUGUUUUGCCGCUCAUUUUUUUGACCAUCCCAAUAUCUUUCUCCCAAUUAGUCUAUUCUUGACUAUGGGGAAUCAUUGGAAUUUUUUUUUGGAAAUAUUGGAUAUUUUGAUAGAAUAAGGGGUUCUUUCGUCUCAAAAUAGCAAGAAUAUUCAUUACUUAAAGUACUUCUUUCGGCCAUUCAUCGAAAGGAGACAUUUGUUUGGAAUUUGAUGAAUUGAGAUAUCUGGAAACACUUGUAUUAUUUCUUUAGUCAAAUUCCAAGUGGAGUCUUAGUCUAUUUCUGUAUUCUUUCUAGAUUCAAAACAAAAUCACAAAUCAAAUAGAUUCAUAGGUUUGAUGCCUUGUCUACAACUCAUGUUUGAAAGAAAGAUUCGAUUAUAUAAAGUCGACAGAUGGAGUGGGUUAAUUAAAAAUUAACAGGCGAAAAAUGGCAAAAAAGAAAGCUUUCACUCCUCUUUUGUAUCUUGCAUCUAUAGUAUUUCUGCCCUGGUGGAUUUCUCUCUCAUUUACUAAAAGUAUGGAAUCUUGGGUUAUUAAUUGGGCGAAUAUCGGCCAAUCCGAAAUUUUUUUGACUGAUAUUCAAGAAAAAAGUAUUCUAGAAAAGUUCAUAGAAUUAGACGAAAUCGUCUUCUUGGAAGAAAUGAUCAAGGAAUACUCGGAGACAUAUCUACAAAAGUUUCUUAUAGGAAUCCACAAAGAAACGAUCCAAUUAAUCAAGAUACACAACGAGGAUCGUAUCCAUACAAUUUUACACUUCUCGACAAAUAUAAUCUGUUUUGUUAUUCUAAGUUGUUAUUCGAUUUUAGGUAAUGAAGAACUUAUUAUUCUUAACUCUUGGGCUCAGGAAUUCCUAUAUAACUUAAGUGAUACAGUAAAAGCCUUUUCAAUUCUGUUAUUAACCGAUUUAUGUAUCGGAUUUCAUUCACCCCACGGCUGGGAACUAAUGAUUGGUUCUGUGUACAAAGAUUUUGGAUUUGGUCAUAAUGAUCAAAUUAUAUCUGGUCUUGUUUCCACUUUUCCGGUUAUUCUCGAUACUCUUUUUAAAUAUUGGAUUUUUCGUUAUUUAAAUCGUGUAUCUCCAUCACUUGUAGUUAUUUACCAUUCAAUGAAUGAUUGA